UCCUCUUCCUCUUCCUCCUCCUCCUCGAUGCGGGGCUCUGGCCAGUCAGUCGCCUUUGAUUAUCAGUCUCCAGCAGCCCCUCUCUUGGCUCCUUGACAUGAGCACCAUAUAAGGCACAGCGAUCUCCAUAGAAACGUGUCAGUUUCAAUAGUAGUGUCAAAGUUCACUAUAUACAGACAUUCGCGCAGAUCCCCCCGUUUCGGAAACAUUGCUCUGCAGCUCCUCUUCCUUUAAAGCAUUUUUGGAGCCUCUCUCUUCUUUUUCUUCUUGCAUAUUCUACUAGUUUUUUUUUCUUCUUCCUUCUGCUGCUGCUGUGAUAUCUUUUCUCCGUUGCUCCAGCUGGAGGAGAGGUGAAAGUCUUGAACGGUGUGGACUCUAUUCGCUCAGCGAGAAGAUGAUGAUGAAGAUGAUGAUGAGCUUUAUUUAAGAAUACAGACGCGCCAAAUCUGCAGUUUUUUUGUGUGUGUGUUCGCUCCGCUGCUCGCACGGCGACCGGUGGAAAAGGAGAAAGGAAUUUAUCCACCGCAGCACUUUGGAUCCAGCGUCUUUUCACCACAAGAAGGUUUUUUUUAUUUAUUUAAAUACUCGCUCAUGUGAAUUGCUUUCCCUUUGUGGCUUUUUUUCUAUCAAAGUGCAGCUUUUUUCCCCCCCAACACGUCUGGACUCGCCUUUUCCUACAAGAUUGGGGAUUCCUGAAUGGCUCAGUGCAAUUUACCUUGGAACUGGCCUCCCGAUACUUGCAUAUCGUGAUCGGGUCGUCCCCUCCAGCCGCCCCCUUCUAUUUUGAAUGUAUCGAUCCACCUCAUCUUCUAUGAGAUUCCGUGCAGCGAUUUGACUUUGCAUCCAUCUUGCAAAAAAAAAAACCUUUUUCUCCCAUCCACGCUCCAGACCAGCAGCGAUCAUUUCGCUCUACAGCACUUUCCGUGGCCGAGAUAUGGCAAUGGUAGUUAGCGUCUGGCGAGAUCCGCAGGAAGACGUGGCCGGAGGACCUCCGAGCGGCCCCAACCCAGCAGCUCAGCCGGCGAGGGAGCAGCAGCAGGCUGCGUCGGCGGCGCCUCACACCCCGCAGACCCCCAGCCAGCCGGGACCUCCGUCCACGCCGGGCACGGCAGGGGACAAGGGCAGCCAGAACUCGGGGCAGAGCCAACAGCACAUCGAAUGCGUGGUGUGCGGGGACAAGUCUAGCGGCAAACACUAUGGCCAGUUCACCUGCGAGGGCUGCAAAAGUUUCUUCAAGCGGAGUGUACGCAGGAACUUAACGUACUCAUGUCGCGCCAAUAGGAACUGUCCCAUCGACCAGCACCACCGGAACCAAUGCCAGUACUGCCGCCUCAAGAAGUGCUUAAAAGUGGGCAUGCGGCGGGAAGCGGUUCAGCGAGGACGAAUGCCUCCAACCCAGCCCAACCCAGGCCAGUACGCGCUGACCAACGGGGACCCCCUCAACGGCCAUUGCUAUCUGUCCGGAUACAUCUCGUUAUUGCUGCGGGCCGAGCCCUACCCCACGUCCCGGUACGGGAGCCAGUGCAUGCAGCCCAACAAUAUCAUGGGCAUCGAGAACAUCUGCGAGCUGGCGGCUCGGUUGCUCUUCAGCGCCGUGGAGUGGGCCAGAAACAUCCCUUUCUUUCCCGACCUGCAGAUCACCGACCAGGUGUCCCUUCUCAGGCUGACGUGGAGCGAGUUGUUUGUUCUUAAUGCCGCCCAGUGCUCCAUGCCCCUGCAUGUGGCCCCUCUGCUCGCCGCGGCGGGCCUGCACGCCUCGCCCAUGUCCGCGGACCGCGUCGUGGCUUUCAUGGACCACAUCCGGAUCUUCCAGGAGCAAGUGGAGAAGCUCAAGACCCUACAUGUAGACUCUGCAGAGUACAGCUGCCUCAAGGCCAUCGUGCUUUUCACGUCAGACGCCUGCGGCCUCUCGGACGCUGCCCAUAUCGAGAGCCUGCAGGAGAAGUCCCAAUGCGCCCUGGAGGAGUACGUGAGGAGCCAAUAUCCGAACCAGCCCAGCCGCUUUGGCAAGCUCCUUCUGCGGCUGCCCUCCCUCCGCACCGUGUCCUCGUCGGUAAUCGAGCAGCUCUUCUUCGUCCGCUUGGUAGGUAAAACUCCUAUUGAAACCCUCAUCAGGGAUAUGCUAUUAUCCGGGAGCAGCUUCAACUGGCCUUACAUGUCCAUCCAAUGAUCCUUAUAUGACAAAAAAAGAGAGGAAAAGGACCAAAAUUCAGCACCCACCCUCCUCUAUGAAGACUAUAUUAAGACUUUUUCUCACAAGUUUGGAAGACUUUUGCACCCCUCCCCAUCCCCUGCAGUCUUCUGGGACUGAGAUGGAAUAUGUACAGAAAAAUAUUGGAACUGGACUUUACACCUGUGUAAAUCCACCCUCAUCUUCAAGAACAAUACUCGUCAUUUUGUAAAAUACUAGUCUUUAUUUUCUUUUUUUUUUUUGUAAAAAAUACAAAUAAAAUGAAAAACAUCGUAUGCGCAGUAAGAAAAAAAAAGAAUCAAGACUUAGCAGGAAAUAAUGUUUCCAAGCAAUUAUAAGAAUUUGUCCUGUGUCUAUGUACCUCUCUGUUUUGUAUUUUUUCUGGUUGUAAACCAGGCUUUCUGUGAUUCUAUACUAAUAAUUUUUGAUAUAACCUUUUGCUUCUUAUAAUGAGUGCGGUAUAUGUUGUCGAAGCUAUGUUCUCCAAGAAUUAAAAUUGAAGUGAGAAUUUAAAAAAAGAGAAAAAAACAGGAAAAAAAAUAAAGAAAUUUAGACAAUAAGAAACAAGUCUAAUCGCUAUGACAAUAUCACCACUGAUGGUUGAACUUUUUUUUUUUUGGUUAUUUUUCCCCCCAACACAAUGGACCUGCAACUACAAACUGACCCCUUCCCUCCCAGCCCACCCCCAGGACAUUUUUACUGAGAGGACAUCUGGGGAACCCCCCACAAACCCCCCCACCAACCACCUUACACCCACCACCUCCCCUCCCUCGGCCAUGAGUGCGAUCAUCAGUCAAAGAGGAGAGACAUGAAAAAUCAAAAAAGCACUUUUAAUAUAUCAUUUCAAAUACAUUUUUUUUCGUCUUUGGAGAAAAACAUUGUUUCUUGAAUUUUAUUGGUUGUUGCCUUCAAUUUGCUUACUCCAUGAUGCAGCUUUUUUUUUGCAGAAAGGCUCGGUUGAUGAUGAAGUUGUGUGAUGGUGACUGUACUAUUAAAAGACAAAUAGGCAACGA